AUGUCGUCGUUCGCGCUUGGCUUGACCAAGACGGCGGUGGAGGGGACACUGAGCAGGGUAAAGUCGGCGAUAGAGGAGGAGGAUAAGCAGAGGGUUCGUGUGCAGGACGACCUGGUGUUCAUCACCGGAGAAUUCCAAAUGUUGCAAUCCUUCCUCAACGUUGCCAGUGCAGAGCGCGCCAACAACCCAGUGGUGCAAACAUGGGUGAGGCAGCUCCGUGGACUGGCCUUUGACGUCGAGGACUGCGUCGAGUUCGUCAUCCACCUCGACAAACCGUCGCACUGGGACUGGGUGCGGCGCCUGACCUCGUCCCUCAUCUGCAUGGCAAGGCCGCCGCUGCUGCUAGACGUGGCGGUUGCCGAGAUAAAGCGGCUCAAGACCAGGGUGGAGGAUGUAAGCCAGAGGAACACACGCUACAACCUCAUUAGUGACUCCAACUCCACGGCGCAGGCGCUGAACCAUCAGCCGGCCGACACGCCCGGUACCGGCGCAUUCCACAUCCUAACCGAGGUGUGGGAGGACGCCGGUAAGCUGCGCACCACGGGGGAUCUCAAAAAGUUGAUCACCAGUGAAGGAAGUGACCUUCAAGUGAUCUCGCUGUGGCAUGGAAGUUGUAGUGAAGGCGGCGCUGCUGCUGAUCAUCAUCUUGGCUCCACGUACAUUGUCAAGGAGGCGUAUGAUGAUCCAGAAAUCCGCCAAGUAUUCACGAGCCGCUCCUGGGUCAAGCUGAUUAACCCUUUUAACCCCGAUCAGUUCCUCGAGAGCUUGCUGACUCAGUUCUACGCUAGCUCUCGUCAACCAAACAUAAGUGCUGGCUUCAGGAAAGAAAUGAAAGCAGCGGUGGCUAUGGAAAACGAUCAGCUGAUGCAGCAAGUCACCGAGCAGAGGUAUCUCGUCAUCCUGGAAGAUUUAUCUUCUGUACUAGAGUGGGAUGCUAUCAAAAUGUACCUGCCCGACAGUAGAAACGGCAGCCGAAUCAUUGUGUCCACGCAGCACUUAGGGCUUGCACGUUCAUGCACAGGAGAUCCGUACCAAGUAUUGCAGCUCACACGCUUUUCUCACGGUCAAUCUAUCUGCGCCUUUUCCAAGAAGGGUUCCAUGUGUCGCAGCGACAUAGGUGAGUUAAAUUGGCAUUUAAGGUGUCGUGGUGUGAUCUCCGUGUUGACGAGUUGUCUUGGAACUCCAAAUUAUAUUUGUCAAGUGUUCGAGGCCAUAAUGCUUAAGCGUGAAAUUUUCAACGAAGUGAGAUUUGAACACCACAGCUGGGUGGAGGUACCUAGUCCGUUCGAUAUGGAUGCCUUUGUUAUUCGGCUAUUUCUGGUUUUCCAAUCACGUAAUUUCCGAAUCAAGGAAAUUGAAGAAGUCAGUAUGAAAGGAGACCAAGGACUAAUUCAACAGUGUUGUAAGCAUCUCCAUGAAGAUGAUUGCCUUGUCGUUAUAAAUGGUCUCCAGUCCACGGAGCACUGGGACAUGAUAAAAGAAACCUUUUUAUCCAAGUCAACAAAAGGCACUAGUAUCAUUGUCAUUACAAAAGAAGAGAGUGUGGGUGCAUAUUGUGUAGAUCGUCAAGUGAAUCGAAUGUGCUAUAUCAAAGAAUUGGAAGCUGAUGAGGUCCGUCGUCGCUUCUUGAUGUCACGGGGUGGAAGUGGACUCAUGGAGGAUUUUUGUGGGGCUAACCUUUUCUAUGACCGAUUAGCAUUUGCACGUAGAUGGCUACAGUCAUUUCAGUUAUUUCAGCCAGAGACUGAAGGGAAACAUUGGGGUGACCUUCAUAAACUAUCAAGUAAAGCGGGCGUGGUUUCUGUAUGUGGGCGUUCUGGUGUUCAGAAAUCAACUGUCGUCGGAUGCAUUUACUACCAUGAACUUCUGGCGUGUGAGGACCCACAUAUUAUUCGUGGGCCAUUGUCUGUGAGACAUACAAUCUUCAGCUUUGUUGACGUGCCCUGUCCAUUCGAUUUGACAGAGUUCUCUUGGCGCUUGCUACUGGAUUCUUGCUCGAAUGAUCUUAAAGCGAAGGAAAAUGUAGUAGUUGGUCUGAUAAAAGGUACCCUAGACCCAAUUCAAGCGUGUUGUGAGUUGCUUCUUCAGCACAAAUGCUUGAUCGUUAUUGAUGGUCUGCGGUCCAAACAUGAUUGGGACAAAAUAAGAACCAUCUUAUCGCCCGUGUCGCCUGCUCAUAGCAGUUGUAUCAUUGUUACUACAAAUAAAAGAAGUGUUGCCAUGCAUUGUGUAGAUGAUGAGGAAGAUCGGUUGCUCAAAGUCAAACGUCCUGAGGGUACCAUGGCCGUUCCUCCCUUGUCAAUGGGUCCCAGUAAGGGUAGCCCUUUGUUGCUCAAAAAAAAAAGUAAGGGUAGCCCUUUGCACCUUGUUGGGCUUGGGCAGGAGUUUCGGAUCCUUGAAGGACUACUAUAUAAACAAGGUUACAGCGUAAUUUCCUUGUGGGGAAUUGCUGGUGUCGGGAAGUCAGCUAUGGCAAGAAAAAUUUAUGAUGGUCCUGAUAAUAGAUUGUGCAACAAGCCUGCUAAGAAGAGCUGGGUGGACGUGCCUCAUCCAUUCCACCUGACAGAAUUCUCACGGAACUUACUGUUAGGUUUUCAUUCAGAGGAUCUUCAAGCCAAAGAAACUGCAGCAUUUGGUAUCAUGGAAGGCCAUGACACGAUUGAAGCAUGCUGUCAGUUUCUUCAGGAAAAUGAGUGCCUAGUUUUUAUUGAUGGUCUAAGAUCCACACAUGAAUGGGACCAAAUAAAAGCCGCCUUCUUAUUCGAGCCUAGUGAAAAUAUUUUUGUUAUAAUUACAACUGAAUCAAGUGUCGCCAGACAUUGCGUAUCUCACAAAAGUAGAAUGCUCAAUGUCAAGGGUCUAAACUCGCAGGAUUCAUUUCGCCUCUUCAGAAAGAUUGCAUGGGGCGGUUUGAAACGAUCAAUUCCGGAGGAGAUGAAGUUUUCAGAAAUUACUGUGGCCAAGUGUGGCGGACUUCCCAAAGUAAUAACUGCUAUAGGUGAAUUCAUCACCAAAAGAAAGCCUGACGGAGUACUUACAGAAUCGAUCUUGGAAGGUAUAUCCAGGGAUAUAAAUGGUGACUUUAUGGGCAAUUUGCAGACUAGGCCAGAAUUUCAUAGCUUAAGGGGUCUGUUUAGUUGGAUGCAGUCCUACUUUGAUGCAUGCUCAGAUUCACUCAAGCCAUGUAUCUUCUAUAUCUCAGUCUUUCCUAAAGGUCACCAGACCAUUAGGCGAAGACGUCUGGUGAGGCGGUGGAUCGCCGAGGGUUACUCCAGGGACACAUUUGGCUCUAGAGACAAAUCAGGCUAUGCAACUGGUACCGCCGAAGAGAACGGAGAAAGAAUGUUUGCUGAACUCGUCGAAUUAAGCAUAGUCCAGCAGCAGCAGACACCAGGCAGCAAGAUAAUGUUCCAAGUCAAUGGUUUCUUCCAUGAAUACAUCAUCUCACAGCCAAUGGAAGACAACCUUGUGUUUGCACUGGAAGGCCGUUGCAGUGUGAACUCGCAACGCGCUGGACAACACCUUACAAUAAGUAGCAGUUGGGACAGAGACAAGAAUGUAUUCCGGAGCAUGGACUUCUCACGGUUAAGGUCUUUGACAGUAUUUGGUGAGUGGAUGUCAUUCUUCAUGUGUAAGGAUAUCAAUAUGGGGCUGCUUCGGGUGCUGGAUCUGGAGGACACGUCAGGUGUAACAAAUGAUGACCUUGAGCAGGUUGGGAUGCUACUACCUCGUCUCAAGUUUUUUUCCAUACGAGGAUGCAAAGAUAUAACUCGUUUACCAAACUCAUUGGGUAAACUGAGACUGCUGGAGACCCUGGAUGUCAGGAACACCUCUAUAGUCAAGCUGCCACCAACUAUAAUCAAAUUACACAAGCUGCAGUACAUUCGUGCAGGGAUGCUAGACACUGCUCAUGAACCAUUGGCUGGGGAAGGGGUCCACCCAGGCCUAUCAGCAGUAGAUGAGGUGGACCAAGGCCUUCCAGCAGCAGAUGAGGAUGACUAUAUGUCAACAUCAUCAGUAGACAGUUCAACAUCAACCGAAGACAACAAUGGCGCCACAACAUCAGCAGCGGGCGCUGAUGGCACAUGCGCAAGCCUACUAGAAACAGUAGCAAUACCACUAGCAGAAGGUGAAGACACAAGCACAACCCAACCAGCAGCAAACAGUGAUGAGACAAGCACAGGCCAACCAGAAGAAGCAGUAGCAGCAGACGGUAAUGGCGCGAGGCAAGGCGAGGCAGUAGCAGGGGGUGAGGAGUGGACACCAGCGCAAUGGAGAAGCAGGGCACGCCACUUGGUAUCAUCCUAUUCCCUCGGCUGGUUGUGGUUGUCCAAGAAGAAGAAGAAUGGAGGCGGUGUUGAGGUUCCUGCUGCAGGUAUGGGGAACCUGACAGCCUUACAUACUCUUGGUGUUGUGAAAAUCAGCGGUAAAGGUGGGAAGGCCAUCCUCGAGGAGGUGAAGAAGCUUACCCAGUUGCGCAAGCUCGGAGUGUCAGGCAUCAACCGCAAAAGCUGGCUUGACUUGUGUUCAACCAUCUCAGAUCUUGGCUAUCUCGAGUCCUUGUCAGUGUGUCUUGACUCUGCAGCAAGUCUAUGUUCUUGUUCAGGUGAGAUUUUCUCCAGCUUACCUAAGACCCUAAAGAGCCUUAAGCUGUACGCUAAUGAUGGGAAAGCACAGCUAUCGCCAGUCUUGACCGAGCAGCUGGUAUCCAAGCUUAGCAAUCUUAAAAAGGUUAAUCUUGAGUUAACAAUAUCAACGCAAGAGGAGAUAGACAGCCUUAUGGAUUACAUAUGUAAGAAUUUAGUUCGCCAUCUUUGUGUGAAACCGAUUCAAGACGGCGAGCUCCGUUAUGGUCGGUGGGAGAAUGGCUGGAGUGGUGGACCAGUCAUAGCCCCAUUCCUCAGGUUUGACUGCGGCAGCUACAAUUUGGCGAUAGUUUUUGGAAACUGGAUACCGCAAUUUGUUGAAGUGCUGGUGUUCCAGUGCUCUUCCGCAGAGUCAAGGUUGAAAGUCUCUGGGCUAGAGAAACUAGAGAAUCUCAAGGAAGUCUGGCUCAAGGGUUCCCACAGCGAUGCUUUCAAGCAACAGUUACAGCAGGAAGUUGCCCAGCAUGGGAACAAACCGAUCCUGAACCUGGAGGGUCAACCACCUUCAUCCUGA